AUGGUGUUUUGUGUUGCAGCACACUGCAGUGGAGAGUGUGUGCAUGGUCGAUGCGUGGCACCCAAUCAAUGCCAGUGUGAGCCAGGUUGGCGAGGAGGAGACUGCUCAAGUGCUUGUGACCCACAUCUUUGGGGACCCAGAUGUAACUAUUCCUGUCAUUGCCUAAACAAUGGGAUUUGUGAUGCCAUUUCGGGGUCCUGCAUCUGCCCUCCAGGGUACAAGGAACCCUUCUGUGAGAAGCCAUGUGAACCAGGCACCUAUGGAGUGAACUGUUUACUGGACUGCCAGUGUAAGAAUGGAGCCAGCUGUGACCCUCAGAAUGGAACCUGUCUUUGUCCAGAAGGGUACACUGGACCUUAUUGUGAGAUCAGAUGUACAGAGGUCCAACCAUCCACGUUCCAAUGUCCAGAGAACUGCCCCUGCCAGAGUGGAGGCAUCUGUGACCAGGUCGUUGGAGAGUGCACCUGUCCACCAGGAUGGAUGGGUCCAGUAUGCUCCAUCCCAUGUCCACCUGGAUACUAUGGUUCUGGCUGUGAGCAUGAAUGCAACUGUCAUAAUCUUGGCCAAUGUGACCCGGAAAUUGGGCAGUGCCAAUGUGCUCUAGGUUACACAGGUGACCGCUGUCGGGAAGAGUGUCCUAUAGGAAAGUACGGUCAGGACUGUGAACAAACCUGCAACUGUGUGAACGGGGUGCGUUGCUUUCAUAUCAACGGAGCAUGCCUGUGUGAAGCUGGCUUCUUUGGGGAAAACUGUGAAGAGCGAAUGUGUGUAGAUGGCAUGUACGGCAUACACUGCAACAUGCCCUGCCUGUGUGACCCUCAGCACACUAAGAGUUGCCACCCCAUGUCUGGAGAAUGUACCUGUAAGACAGGCUGGGCCGGCUUGUUCUGCAAUGAGACCUGUCCUCAUGGUUACUAUGGAACCAACUGCCAGGAACCGUGUUUGUGCCUCAAUGGAGGAUCCUGUGAUAGUGAAACUGGCUCAUGUCAAUGUGCACCUGGAUUUUCCGGAAGUCAUUGUUCCGUAUUCUGUCCUGAAGACACCUAUGGAGAUAAAUGUUCCCAGAAAUGCAGCUGCAAAAACUACUUGGCCUGUUCCCCCAUUGAUGGCACCUGUGUGUGUAAGGAAGGCUGGCAGAAAGGUGACUGCUCGGUACCUUGCCCAAAAGGAAUGUGGGGUUUCAACUGCAACAGGACGUGUGAGUGUGUCAAUGGGGCCUCCUGCAGUCCAAUUACGGGGCAAUGCUUCUGCACCUCUGGAUGGUUUGGGAAGAAAUGUGAACUACCAUGCAAGGCGGGCAGCUUUGGACCUGGAUGUAGUCAGCGGUGUGAAUGUAAAAAUGCAGAUGGCUGUGACCCAGUGACUGGGAAAUGUGGAUGCCUAACAGGAUGGACUGGCAUCUACUGUGAGCAGACUUGCAGAGAGGGAUUUUGGGGGGAGGAACUGUAA